AUGGACAUUGAGAAGGUCAACUCCAUGGACUUUGGAGAAUUUGUGGAUGUGUUUGGGAGUGUCAUCGAGAGAUGUCCUCUGAUUGCCCCCGCCGUGUUCUCCCAGCGCCCGUUCUCUGACUUGGAAGAUUUAGAGCAGCACUUUUUUGCCUUUACUGAUGCUCUUCCACAGUCAGGCCAGGAGGGCGUCCUGCGCUGCCACCCAGACCUGGCGGGCCGCGAGCUGCAGCGGGGCGAGCUCAGCGCCGAGUCGCAGCGGGAGCAGAGCGCCGCGGGCCUCACGAGCCUGAGCGCGGCCGAGCGGCUCUGGCUGGCCGAGCUCAACGCGCAGUACCGCGCGCGCUCCGGCUUCCCCUUUGCGCUCGCCGCGCGCCUCAGCAACCGGGCGGCGGUGCCCCGCGAGCGGGCGCGCCGGCUGCACUGCCCACCCGCGCAGGAGCUGAACACCCCACUGGGCGAGGUGAAGAAGAUGGGCCGCCGGCGUCUCGCCGACCUCCUCGGGAGCCAAGCCGCCGAGUCGUAG